AUGGCUGCGCCUCCUACGGGGAGUGCCGGAGGGGCCCCCUAUUCAGCAGCAGAACGGGCAAGUGAACGCUCACUAGGACGCACAAGCAGCCCCCCAGUACCAUCAGAUGACGCCGAGAAGGCCAGCUGUAUUGACAGCAGUGACAGGAGUUGCACGCGAAAGCGGGAAGCGUCCAGAAGCUCUGCGGAGGAAGGCCCUUCCAGCCAUCAGCACUCCCGUCGUAGUCACAGCUCUGCAGCAAUAGCCUCAGCAGGAGCAUCGGGUGUACAGACACAGCCCUCUUCUGAAGAAAUUUACUGCGCAACGGUGGAACCUAAGGAUGGAUCGAUCAGCAGCCUUUGCCCCCAACCCCCCGGCACAGCGGCAGCGACUUCUGCAGCUGCGGCUGCUGCAACAACUGGCGUUGGGAAGAAUGUGUCUUCUCAGGCGUUUUCACUCUCCUUCUUCGACUCACAAGAGCAGUUGCUGCAGCAUGAACAGCAGCAACAGCAGCAACAACAGCUACAACAACAACAACAGCAGCAGUCGCUCCAAUAUCAGCAUUUUGCGUCUGUGUCGAGUCCGCCUCUCCAAGCGGUAACAUCAGCAGCAGCGGCUGCUGCUGCUGCGGUUGCUAAUGGUUCACUCGACUUGCCGUGGGAUAGCAGCAGCAGCAUGUGCAGCAAGAAAAGCACCCUGAGCAUCACCAGAUACAGCGUGAGUGGCUCUGUCGCUGCCCUGCUGGCUCACUGUACAGGGAGUGAUCCUAAAGCCAAUCGAAUUGAAGACGCAUUGCUGCUGGUGAUACGACUGGACAAUGUGCAGCAGCAGCUACCUCAACGACCGCAGCAAGAAGUGCAGCUGCAUCAGGAGGAGCCACAGCAUCGAGAACUGCUGAAUUGCAUGCUCCGGCAGAAGUUCGUGCUGCUCCAGGUUGGAGGAAACUUUGCCAAAUACCUCAAUGUUCUCCUUGCCGACGGGAGGCCAAACGCAAGCUCCAGCGCUUCCAGCAGCAGCAGUCGCUCCAGCAGGGUCAAAGACGCCUUCAUCAGCAGCAGCAGGGUGCCAGAUGGGAUGUUGCCGUUCCUUCCCUUGCUCCUGCUGUCUCAUGCUCUUGUUCACUCCAUUGCUGGUGUUGCUGCUGUUUGGUCUCAGCAGAUGAACCAGGGCUUCAGUCUCCCCGUGCUGUUGAAAGGAGUGGCUUUUCGCGGCUUCGCCGCAGCAGAGGGUCUAGUUGCAAGUGACCCUUGCACGUGGAUUUCAGCUGCGUGUGUUGCCUGCGGUAAAACGGCACAGCGCAUUUUCAGCAGCGGCAACAGCGGCAGCACAUGCUGUACUGUUUGUGGACAUGAGGAUCUUAUGCUCAGGUAG